UGCACACAGAGCAGCAGGAUGGUGUCUGGGUCCUCUGAUCGUCUCAUGUGCUUUCUCAGCUCUGUGGUCUUCAGCAGCUUCAUUUCUAUACAAAUACUUUACGACACUAUAUUGUUAGGUACAAAUAUUACAGCACUAGAGCCCCCCCCCAUUAAUUUUAAGAUGUGUGGUCUUCUGAUUAGCUGCCCUGUAUAAACAUCAGAGCCAGGAGCCGAAAAGGUGUUUAUCUCACAGGGAUCACAUGUACUUUCUUUGACCUCCUCGGUCAUGUUGCUAUGUUUAAUAUGAUUGUCCUCCACUGUGAAAACAUGCAAUGCACCUAAUAAAGUGACCAGGACGUAAGUGUGGCCACUAUCUUGUUAGGUAUAAUUAGUGUGUGUUAAGUCCUUAUUGACUUCAGAACAGCCUUAGUUGUCACACUCAAGAACCCAGUCUGACAUUAUUUGGGCUUUACCUCACGACGGAUUAUCCUGAAGAAGAUGCCUGCGCAUCAGCAAUAAUACUUGGGUAGACUGGUGUUUAACAGUGUUGAGCAGGCAUUAAGGAGCUCUUCUGCAGACAGUUUAAAGCAGUCUGGUCGUUCUCCCCUUACUCCUGCCACAGCUGCUUUCACCAGAAAGCUGCUCACUGAAUAUUUCUUCUUUUUCAGAGGAUUCUCUGUAAGUGUGUGUGUGUGUGUGUGUGUGUUAAAGAUGCCACAAAUAGUCAGUUGUACACGUACACCUAAUAAAAUGAUCUGUGUGUGUACACACAUAUAAGUUCAGACUCAGACAGGUACCCUGGAGUCUGGAGUGGUAUGACUUCACACAAAUAUUAGGAACAUGUGGGUGUCCUAGCGACUGGAGGCACUAUCUGAUGUCCUUACUUGCUUCUCUUGAGCUGUCGACUGUGUACACAGUAAGUCAGCUGAUGAGGGUUACUGGAGAUCAGUGGAUUAGUGUCCCAGGUGGUUCUCUAAGUGAUGAGUGAUACAUCACAAACUGAGUGACUGCAGCUCUGACAACACAAAGACACAAGGUGGACUGAGCAGUAUGGAUGGUGUACCUCUGAGGGUGCCUCAGAGUGCUUCCUUUCAGGAACUAAAAUAUUCUGUCAGUAUGACUGUCCCUGACUACUUCAACAUCCUGCAGGAAACAGAGUAUGGAUUCAGUCUGGAGAACUGGGUGCUAACUGGGCUGCAAAGUGGCUUUGCCACCCAGCACCAGCUUAACCCCUCUUUCUCUUCAUCAAGCCUGCUGUCAUCUUGUCCACCAUACUGGAUGCUGUUUAGCAGCCCACAACAGAAUGCCAGUCGACAGAGCUUGGACUUCUGCGAGCCCAGCCCUCGGCAGCGGUCCCACAGCCUCAACUCCUCCAUCCUGCGCACCAAGUUUACCAUCUCACCUUCAGAUGACAAAGAGGACACUACACAGAAAGCCAAGACGAGUUCCAUAGUGAAAGUGAGUCCGGGGGAACAGCGUCCUUCUGCAAACUGUCAGCGUGGUCAGAGGAAAGCACAGAAGGCCUUUGUCCCUGACCUGCUGAACCCCCCGGCCUGUCUGAGCAGCCUGCCCCACCAGCGCAGAAAGAACCUGCGUCAGUGUUCACUGUCACUGCUUGACACGCCCACACAACAAGAUCCCAACACAGAGACUUAUCCCCAGAGCACUUCAUCACACACAGCCUCGGACAUGAGGAUCCCUUACACCAGAACUAGCACAGCCAGCAUGAUAUUCAGACCAGACACCUGUAGAAACCCCGCUGUCAUCUCAGGGCCCUGGGGUUUGUCCUCCUUUGCUUUGGACUCUACAGCAGAACUCCUGUCAGCUCUAAACCCAGAGGAGAGAGAGUUGCUGGAGGCCAUCACUGCAAGGGGCUACUCUCUUCAUACUGCCAUCACUGCUCUUCAGAGGACAGGACAGCAGACCCCAGAUGAGAUCUUGAGUUAUCUGGUGGCGUUUGACCACCUGUGUCAGCUGGGUUAUGACAUGUCCCAGGUGGAAGAGGCCUUGGAGAUGUUUCAAAACUGUGAAACAAAGGCGAAGGAGUUCCUACACCUGCUGAAUCAGUUCAAUGAGAUGGGCUUUCAGAAGAAUGCCAUCAAAGAAGUGCUGCUGGUUCAUGAAAACCACCGAGAUCGGGCCCUGGAGGAGCUUAUGAUGCGUGUGUCCUGAUAAAACACACACACUUUUCACAUUGAUAUCUUGCAGACAAUCAUCUGUAUUCUAAAAACUGCAGUCAUAUCUGACCUUGUGCUGGUAUGAAACAGCUACACACAUAUAGUUGAUGCUGACACUGCAUUGUUAGAUGAUGAUCUAUUCAUAUUUCUGAAUUAACCCAUAUCUUCUUUACCAAUUUUUUAGAUUAGUUUUGGAACAAAAAUAAACUGAUUAAAGUCAUGCUGUGUCUAAAUUUUAAAGUGAUGCAAAUAUUUGUAGUAAUUGUGAACAAACUUAUUAAAAGUGUGAC